GGCCGCGGGACAGCCGCAGGUGGGGCCUGGAGCGGUGGCCGGACCUGGGCAGCCCCGCAGCCCCGCGCGGGAGCCACGAUGCCCCGCGGGGACUCGGAGCAGGUGCGCUACUGCGCGCGCUUCUCCUACCUUUGGCUCAAGUUCUCUCUCAUCGUCUAUUCCACCGUAUUCUGGCUGAUUGGGGGCCUGGUCCUGUCGGUGGGGAUCUACGCAGAGGUCGAGAGGCAGAAAUACAAAACCCUCGAGAGCGCCUUCCUGGCCCCGGCCAUCAUCCUCAUCCUCCUGGGGGUGGUCAUGUUCAUUGUCUCCUUCAUCGGGGUGCUAGCUUCUCUCCGGGACAACCUGUGCCUUCUCCAGUCGUUUAUGUAUAUCCUGGGGAUCUGCCUCAUAAUGGAGCUUAUUGGUGGCAUAGUGGCACUGAUCUUCCGGAACCAGACCAUUGACUUUCUGAAUGACAACAUUCGGAGAGGAAUUGAGAACUACUACGAUGACCUGGACUUCAAGAACAUCAUGGACUUUGUUCAGAAGAAGUUUAAAUGCUGCGGCGGAGAGGAUUACAGGGACUGGAGCAAAAACCAGUACCACGACUGCAGCGCCCCCGGGCCCCUGGCCUGCGGGGUGCCCUACACCUGCUGCAUCCGGAACACGACAGAUGUCGUUGUCAACACCAUGUGUGGCUACAAAACAAUUGACAAGGAGCGCCUGAAUGCACAGAACAUCAUUUAUGUCCGGGGCUGCACCAAUGCCGUGCUGAUAUGGUUCAUGGACAACUACACCAUCAUGGCGGGUCUCUUACUGGGCAUCCUGCUUCCUCAGUUCCUUGGUGUGUUGCUGACACUACUGUACAUCACCCGAGUGGAGGACAUUAUCUUGGAGCACUCUGUCACCGAUGGAUUGCUGGGACCCGGUGCCAAGUCCAGCGUGGACGCAUCGGGCACCGGGUGCUGCCUGUGUUAUCCCAAUUAGGACCUGGUCUGGUGCAGCGGCCUCAGCAGGACUGUACUGCACGGCACAUCCCAGUCUUCACAAGCCAGCCAGGACCAGCUCCAGCUCCGAUGGCCACUCCUCCCAGAGGAAGGCUGAGCCUUAUGGAACCCCGGGAAACAGGGAUGGCCCAGCUCCAGUUCUGGGCCCCAGAGAAGGAAGCUCGGGGCUCAGUUUAUUUCUGGCGGUGCCUUGGCCAGUGGUCAUUAUGCUCCUUCAAGAGCAGGUUUGCAGUGAUUUUUGAGGAGAGAGAAUGUGUUUGUUCCACGGGGCAGGAAGUACUGGGUUCCGCCCCUGGGACCACUGCUCCAGGUGGGAGAUUGGACCAUGUCUCAAAUUUCCAGGUGCCUUGAGCCCUCUGUAAGGCUCCUGCUUUGCCCACCCGUUUUGUACGUGGUUUUUAUAACAUGUUUUGUACACAAUUAACAAGAGUUUCUGGCUACUCAAAACUAGCCACCACCCCCCUACUCCCCAGUCCACUCAUCCCUCCGAGUCAGUUUAUUAAUCAAACAAUAAAGAAGUGAUUUUUUUUUGGGG